UAAGAACUCGAAAUCGAAAAAUUGUUCAAGAUUACAUCAAGAUUUUCAAGAAAUCUUUUUCGCGGUAUACAAUGAUACAUAUCGGAUUUUUCCUUCUUCUUGAACUUCUUGAAAAUCGUGUAUCCAUACCAUAGACGCGUACCAAAGUCUAAUCCAGAUACGAAUAGAUCAUAGACACCUUUAUAGUUCCGAAGCUCAGUCUAUAAUCCAUGUAUAUUAUUUUGAUAUAAGCUGCUGGUCUAUACUCUGUGCAAGUUUAUUAUUGCCAUAAAUUGAGUGAAUAUGUCAUCAUACUCAUUAAUUGAGUAUAAAUUGCGCCGGUUCUUUUAUUUGGGACAUGAACAUUCUAUUUAUGUUCCUCCACCAAUUCGGCAAAAGUUUUGGACUAAAAUUCACUAUGAAUGUUAUAUAGGUGUAAAAUUAAUUGGAAAAAUUGUGAAGAAAAACAAACCUGAUGAAAUUGAUUCUAUUGUUCCAAUCAUUUUAAAGGUUCAUAAAGAAGGCAAACUUUACAAUGAAGAACACUUAAUCCUUUCUUUGGCUAUUUGUGCUAAAUCAAGUAUAAAUAAAUCUUGUGUGAAAAUGGUAAAGGCGGCUUAUGAUGCUUUUCCAUUAAUUUGUACUGAUGGCAUGAAAUUCCUAAUGUUUACCUACUUUAGUAAAGUCGCUAUAGAUAUUCUUUACGAACAAGGUUUUUUAUCUAAAAAAUUAUCUGGUUUUGGAAGAGGGUUUCGUAAGGCCUUGAUUAAAUGGUAUUUAAAUGAAGAUCCUUUAAAAACCAUUGAAAAAAUCACAAUAAAUCAGAAAUUUGAGGGAUGGACCCAUAAAGAUUUAAUGAAACUCAUUCAUAUUCAUUCAUCUAAUCCAAAUCAUCAAAUAUAUAUUAUUUACACACUUCAUGGGAUGGAAAAGGUUGAGGAAAUAUUUAAACCUAAACUAAUUGCAGUUGCAAAUGAAAGUGACUGUGAAAAACGUGAGCGAAAUGAAUUAACAUUUAUAUACAAUUACUUAAAACAAAUACAUAAUUUACAAUAUUUGAAUGUUGAGAAUUUAUACAAAGAUAUUAAACUGAACAAAUUGGGUGGACAAUUAAUUAAUACUGAAGCUAUGCUAAAUGAUAAUGAAAUUAUUUCUUCACUUAUAAUGCAUAUGCCGCUUAGAUCACUAUUGGAAUGCACUUUUAAUUUAUCUAAAAGGAAGUUAUUUAUAAAUAGACCUCCUCAUGACGUAUUAUGGCAUUACAUUUUAAGAUUUAACGACAUAAAAGAUUUGGAAAAAGAACAAAUACAUCCUAUAGAGUCGUUCAUUCAAUAUGCUAGAUAUAGCAGGACUGGUCCAAAUAUUGUACAAUUACAAAAUAACUUAACAAAAAAACAAGAAAAUGGAAGCACUAGCAUACCUGAAAACAAAUUGAAAGUAAUUGUUCAGUCAAAGCAAAGGGAAAAUAAUCAAGCUGCACCAUCAAAACAGGGUUCCGUUUCGAAUAGCAGGUCUAAUUCCAAAUCUAGUGUAGACAAGAAAAUUGAACUAAAGUCAUCAAAAUCUGAUAAAAAAAAACCUACUGUAGAAUCAAUUAUGUCAAAGGAGAAUCAAACCAAUCAAAUUGGAACUAUUACAUUGUUAAAGCCACCCCCACAAGUAUUACAACCAAUAGUAGAGCUGCUAUCUAAAGAUUUAAUAAAUAGAACUCUAGAAUUAUUACAACCUACAAGAAGUCGUAUUUUAAUAGCAUAUGAUUGUCGGCCAUAUAUUAAACUUAAAAGAUGUGCUUAUACACGUUUAAUACACAUUCAUGAAGCUAUUACAUUGAUAACAUUGUCUUUAAUUGGGCAUGAAAAAUCACUUAACAAAAAACCCUUUAUAACAUGUUUAGAUGACAUUGGGAAAAUAAAUGAUCCAGUUGAAAUUCCUGAAGACAAAUAUCUAACUUAUGAAGAUUUAAAGAGUAUUUUGUAUAAACCACCUGUUGAACCUUUAGAUACUGACAAUAAGGAUACUACUGUAAAACCUGUGCACCCUAUGACUGUGAUAGAUGGGGCUAAAGAAAAAAAUAUGGAAUAUGAUGUAUUUGUAUUUUUAGGAACUAAUAAUAUGCAUUUAUUAAACAUAAAAAAAUCAAUGAGUGAAUACAGUAAAUUCUUGAAAAAGCCAGUGAAAGUUAUAGUAUGUUGCCUUAAUGGUAAGCAUAGUCAACAAAGUAAUCUUGGAAGAGGCAAUAUGUUGUAUAUUGUGGGUUUUGAUAAGUAUGUCGGUAAAAUAAUUGCAUCAUUUAUAAAUGGAGAAUUUUAAAAUUUUAUGUUUGAAUAUAUAUUUUUUAAAAAGU